AGGGGGGGAGCCGGAUUUAAGGAGUGGCGCCGGGUCGAGGUGUCCUCGCCACCGCCGCCGCUGCUGCCGACCUCCCGCCGCCGCCAUGCCCGUCAAAGGAGGCACCAAGUGCAUCAAGUACCUGCUCUUCGGCUUCAACUUCAUCUUCUGGCUUGCAGGGACAGCAGUUCUUGCAAUUGGACUAUGGCUUCGGUUUGAUUCGCAGACCAAAAGCAUCUUUGAACUGGAAUCCAACAACACAACGUUUUACACAGGAGUUUACAUCCUUAUUGGAGCUGGUGCACUUAUGAUGCUGGUUGGUUUCUUGGGAUGCUGUGGUGCAUUGCAGGAAUCUCAAUGUAUGCUUGGCCUGUUCUUCCUCUUCCUUUUUGUGAUUUUUGCCCUUGAAAUUGCUGCUGCUAUCUGGGGAUUUGCAAAUAAAGAACAGGUUAUUGAAGAGUUAAAGGACUUCUACAAGGAAACCUAUGCAAAGAGAUCUCAACCAGCUGCCCGAGAGACACUGAAAGCAUUUCAGUUAGCUCUAGACUGCUGUGGUCUUACAGGAUUUCUUGAGCAGCAGUUCAUGGACACCUGUCCAAAGAAGACCAUGGUGGAGUCGAUUACUGUAAUGUCGUGCCCUGCUGCCAUUGAUGAUGUCUUCAAUUCAAAAUUGAAUGUGAUUGGAGCAGUUGGCCUUGGCAUUGCUGUAAUAAUGAUUUUCGGCAUGAUAUUCAGUAUGGUUCUCUGCUGUGCUAUCCGCAGAAACAGAGAAAUGGUCUAAGAGCUAAAAACCCAAGACUGCUGCACUAUAAAAUCUUUGUCAUUAACUUUAGCGUUCUGAAAGCAUUUCUAAAAAGUUAUAUAUUUGUUACCUUUUUAAUGCUUUAUUUGGUACUGAUGUAGGUUUGCUUUUUGUUAUAGGUUAAAAUGAUAAAGGUAUAUCUGACUCAAGACAAAUAUUGUACAUAAAAUAUCUGACUUUCUUGAAACUUACAUAAUUUGGAUGUAAUUUAUGUUGGAGACAAUUUGAUACUUAAUAAAGAGUAAGGUGUAUUGUA